CCAUCCGCUACGGUCCAACCUCCCUCGGCUGCCCCGGGUUGAACGGGGCUCCGCCAGGCCUCCACCUCUCCCGAAGGCUGCUGACUCCCGCCCGCCGCCAUGGCAGAGUUGGGCCUAAAUGAGCACCAUCAAAAUGAAGUUAUUAAUUAUAUGCGUUUCGCUCGUUCAAGAAGAGGCUUGAGACUCAAAACUGUGGAUUCCUGCUUCCAGGACCUGAAGGAGAGCAGGCUGGUGGAGGAGACGUUCACCGCUGACGAGGUGUCGGAAGUCCUGCGCGGGCUGCAGGCUGUGGUCCACAGCGAGGUGGAGUCUGAGCUCAUCAACAGCACCCACACCAACGUGCUACUGCUGCGGCAGCUGUUCACGCAGGCGGAGAAGUGGUACCUCAAGCUCCAGACAGAUAUCUGUGAACUCGAAAACAGAGAAUUACUGGAACAAGUUGCAGAAUUUGAAAAAGCAGAAUUUACAUCUUCCAAUAGAAAGCCCGUCGUGAACAACGUGAAGCCGAAACUCGCUCCACUUAACGAAGGCGGGACAGCAGAACUCCUGAACAAGGAAAUUUUAAGACUUCAAGAUGAAAAUGAAAAACUGAAGUCAAGGCUGAAGACCCUUGAAAUACAGGCUACGGCCACGCUGCAGGAGAAGUCAAAGCUGGAAAACGCACUGCACAGCCUGCAGCUCGAGCAUGGAAACCAAAAGGAUUUCACAAAGGCCCAGGACUUGAGUGACUUGGAAAACACAGUUGCUGCUUUAAAGAGCGAGUUUCAGAAGACACUGAAUGACAAGACCAAAAACCAGAAGUCCCUGGAGGAGAGUCUCGCGACAGCCAAGCACGACCUGCUCCGGGUUCAGGAGCAGCUGAGCAUGGCUGAGAAGGAAUUAGAGAAGAAAUUCCAACAAACAGCAGCUUAUCGAAACAUGAAAGAGAUGCUAACCAAGAAGAAUGACCAAAUUAAAGACCUGAGGAAGCGACUGGCAAAAUAUGAACCUGAAGACUAGAGACUGAGAAGAUUGCCUGUGAAACUGCCACACACAACCUGAACGUACACACUAAUCCUCACCUCAGGCAUGUAUUCUGAAGCAGUUUGUCAUAGUCCCUGUCUCUAUUUUUCUAAUGUUUAGACUUUGCUUCUACUAUUUAAAACUACAGUGCCUGUUUUCAGUUGUCUGAGAAGAGAGAAAACCCACUAACCCUGGUCAGUUGUCCCAAACUCCUCUCCGUCGAACGCUCCAGAGUUAUCAUUCAAAUGUGCCGAGAAUUCUUUACAGUAGAGGAGAGAUUUUUAGAGUGGGAAGAACAGUCUUAUCCUUUAUUAGUAUAAAGAGUACACCUCUUUAAUAAAUAUUAAAGCCAGCAGUAUCCAUACUUGUGCAUUCCCCAGGGUAAAUA